AUGGGAAAAUACCUCAAGGUGUUUGCCAUUUCAAUGAUAUUUAUAUCAGCUCUAAAUUCUAUGUCAAUGGCAUCUCCGGCUAAGAAUGAAACACAAGCGCCGACCACAAAAUAUCUACAGACAAUAAUCGAGUUAAAAGAUAAACAACUGGCUGAACAAUCAGAACUUCUGGAGAUGUUAGGAGGAUCUGACUGCCAAAGAAAUUCGAUUGCAUCUAUACUUAGAUUGCCCCACACUGAGCCUAUCCUCGCGCCCUGCGACUCUAAGAUAGCGGGACCUGGUUGGAUCGUGAUUCAGCGUCGAAUUGAUGGAACUGAAAGCUUCAAUCUCAACUGGGAGGAAUACAAAAAAGGAUUUGGGGACAUAAAAGGCGAAUAUUUUAUCGGAUUGGAGGAUAUGUAUUUAAUUACGCAAUCGCAGCCGCAUGAGUUAUAUAUUCACUUGGAGGACUUUAAUAAUGAAACCCGCUAUGCCCGCUACAGCAAUUUCCUUAUUGGAAGCGAAGAAGAGUCGUACAAGCUACUACAACUUGGAAAUUAUUCAGGCAAUGCUAGCAAUAUCAUGCAAUAUCAUAUCAACAAUGCCUUGCCUAAAAGGUAA